AUAUGACGCAUUGCGGCCGCCGCACCUCAUUUGAUAGUCAUCUAUAAUAAAGACUAACCAGCUAAAGAUUUCAUUUCAAACGUUGACUCCAGUGGAUAAACACCCAGACCAACCGAGCUCCUGUCAUAAGUCUGAAAAAUGUCGAGACUGCUGUUGAUCUCCCUCGUGUUGGUAGCUGCAAUCUUCACCUUUUCAGAAGCAAGGAGGAGAAAGACCCCUUCGUGUGACAAUUCGAUGCCAGGCAACACAGAACGCACGUGCAACAAAAAUCUCGUCAAUGGAAGGUUCCCCAAAAAUACCGAGUGCACCUGGUCCUGCCUCCAUGGGUGUGUACGCUCAGCUAAAAAGGGAGGGGCAAGGACAAGGACCUGCAAGGGCCGUCCAGGAGUAUGGAAAAAGCUAGCAGGCAAAAAAUACCAAAAAGCAAAGGGACUUCAAUGUAACUGCGCCUCUUGUUCUCAUGACUUCGGAAGUUUUCCCGUCUCCGGAAUCGCCGGACAUACUUGUGAUCCAGCGGCGGCCCCGUUCCCUUUCGGUUCCCAUUGCGUAUUUUCCUGCCUUUCCGGGUACGCUCUUGGUGAUGACCCUGAAAUGCUCUGCCUAAACGGUAGAUGGGUGGCUGAAAACGCUGAUCCAUGUACAGAUAUCGACGAGUGUGCCACUAACGAUGGUGGUUGUGCCCACUCUUGCACCAACACUAUCGGAAGUUUCGAAUGUUCCUGUCCGGAUGGCUUCAUUUUGUCCGACAACAACUUAGACUGUGAACCUGAACCGACCGGAGAAAUGCCAACCGUGAUGCCUACUGAUGAACCCCCUGUUUAAUGAUGAUACGACACCAACGAUCGAAAAGACGACAAAGAAGACGAUGUUAUAGUCCACCUGGAAGAAUGCCAUAGCGACCUGUACUUCACACUAGAAGUUUGCAACCACCAGUAGGUGUUAGAUAUAUACCAUCGCUGCUAACACGCAUGGUCUGCUUCCAACAACAAAUUAGGCUCGCCUCUGAGGCGUCACCAAAAUAAGAGAUACCAUACGUAUCGUGAAUUGUAUAUAGCUCAUAGAGUUGCGCCUUAGAUCCUCCAGGGAAGGGAAACUGAAGAACGAUUAGACUGAAACAACCAGCCAGAGUCGAUUAUGUUGCAUAGCGUACGAAACAAAUAGGUUUCAGUACUUCUGACUACGCAUGUGCAGCAACAGGAAUUGUGGGUAAUAUGUCAAAUAUGGAGGCCCCUGAGACACAAACAAAACAGAUCCGAACGCACAUUGUUUUGCAAAUUGAGACACUGGUCGAGACGAGAACUGUUUACAAGUCAUGGUCAGGGGCCUUAACCAUUACCCACAAUUCCUGUCACUGCACAUGCGUAGUCUGAAAGAGCUUAUUAUCAGAUUUAUAUACAGUAAUGAAGGACAAAAUAAUUGAAUAGCGAAUUAGCUGACUAACUGUGAAACUAAGGAUUCGGCAUGAGAAUAUGUCUUCUGAUUGCUCCCUAUCCUUUUCGUCGAAUUCGACUCGGCUCUAUUUCAAACCAAUAAUAUCAGAAAUAUCAUUAAUAAUCAUGCAUAUCCCACCAUAUCCAACAUAUGCUUCCUAUAUCCAGCCUUAAAUUGUAUAGACGAAUAAUUAUUUGACAAUAUGUACUUAUAGGACUCGUAUUAUUCAUGUAUUUAUUGAAAAGUGCAAAUUUCUAAGCUGCUAGAAAAUAUAUAUAAGAUUAUUUGCAACAUUUGCAUCUAAUGUUGGCUUGCAACAACAAAGAAAUCUAUAUUCUUAAACAGCAUUAACCAAAGAAUUAUUGCCUUAUAAGUAUAUGUUAUCUAUUUUGUCAUCUUAAAAAUCUUGGUUUUAGAAUAAAAAAGAUAUAAAAAUCUUUAGUACAGUUCAUGCUUCUUACAAAGUGAGUUAGCAAGCUAUCUGUACCUCAGUGAUACGAGCAACGCUCUUAAACCUUUAUCCGCGGGGUAACCUAUAUACGUUGCUUUCUAAUUGCAGCAUUUUCAAACUAUUUCAGUUUUAAACCACUGUCCUCCGACUUGUUGUCCUAAAUAUACCGUUUUAAUAAACACAACGAUUAUAGGUUGCCCACGGAUAAAGGGGAACCACCGUUACAAAUCUUAUUAUUCUGUGUAUGAAAAAAAAUUCCUUGUAAUCAUAUUGUUCAAGUUAAAGCGUUAGCAAGGUCUGUGAAGGUAUAGUUAUCAUUCUAAAGUAAAGUUGAACUGUGAUUAUCUAAAACGUACCCAAAUUUUUGACUGACCAAAUCCAGUCUUCGUCAUAAACAAGCAAAUCACCACUUCUGUGACGUCACGAUAUGCAGACCAAUCGGGUGCCUCCAAUUUCUGUGCUGCCAAUCACAGGUCACCUUUCCAUCAGAAGUUAUAGAAUUGUAUUUAACCGGCUAUGAUUUAUGAAUUAUGACAAUGUAACAACAUUCAACAGUACGUCAGUACAAAAUGUCAGUAGCACGUACUAGUGACAGCAUGUUGUUGACGUUAUACGCAUAGCUUUGUGUGACCUUUGACAUUGCCCGUUUGGUAAGUUAUUCAGCUGUACAGAGACAAAGUACUGUAGUCUGAUUCUCUUUCUUUCGACAAAAACAAAAAAUUGUGACAGAAAAUGACACCCCAGAGAUUUACAUUUGAUUCGACUUGUACCAAUUAAGCCUUACGUAAUCACGCAGUUAUGUUGUUUUAGUCAUGCGCACUUGGAUUUUUAAUGAUCUGUGUGACGUGCAAAACAACGCCAAUUACUUCCAUCAUCGGAUAUUGCGCAAUCACUCCCGCCAACCUAUACAAUGGUUGGAUAAUUACCAAUUUAACACAUGGUCGACUUUCAGACAAUUUUAAACAUUGAGACUUGUAUCAUAAGCAAAAUCUGUCAAUUUCACUGUGACAAGUAUUGCGAUGUCCUAAAAGAUAAAUUGUGUUGAUUAUAUUUUGUGAAAUUUUCCCCACAAUAAAAUUUUGCGUGAUCUAGAA